CACUGUCUGCUUCCAGUGUUGAUAUGAAUAUGGCUGCUGUCAGUUAAACAAAAGCAAAUCAACCUACUAUUUGACUGAAAUCAACUAAGCCAAACACAAAGCAGAUUAAUAUAAAUAUAUAUAUGUAAAUAUUUUUUUGUCUCAUUUUGAUCACUACAGAGCGGAGUACGAGAAAACUGACAUCAAUUCUUAAAUGAUCAGGCGGCCGGAGGCCCAUAAUAUUUUAAAGAAUGUCUCAUUACACUGAUGAGCCACGAUUUACAAUUGAGCAGAUUGAUCUCCUGCAACGAUUGCGGCGGACUGGAAUGACAAAACAUGAAAUUCUGCAUGCUUUGGAUACACUUGAGAGGCUUGAUCGUGAGCAUGGAGACAAGUUUGGUCGCAGAGCUUUGUAUGGUACUGGUGGCACAAAUACAACGGUUUCUGUUAGUAAUGUAACAGCUUCAUCCUCGACUACCACUACUGCAACACAGACUCAAUACCGUGUUCUCUCACCUUCUCCAAGCAACAGUUAUGACAUUUCUCCUCCCCCAAGUACUGCAACAACCAUUCAUAAUGGAAGAGAGAGUCUGCCCGCUACCCCAAAUGGCAAGCUAUCACCUAACAGAUACACAGUCAGUAGUGUCACUCAACGAUCAUUCAGCUUUGAGACCACAGAAGAUGAUUUAGACAUUGAUGACAAAGUAGAAGAACUAAUGAGAAGAGACAGCAGCAUUAUCAAGGAAGAAAUCAAAGCAUUCCUAGCCAACAGACGAAUUUCACAAGCUGUGGUGGCACAAGUUACAGGUAUCAGUCAGAGUCGGAUAUCCCACUGGCUUCUUCAGCAAGGCUCAGACUUAAGUGAACAAAAGAAGAGGGCAUUCUACCGGUGGUACCAACUUGAAAAACACAGCCCAGGUGCCACACUUAAUAUGCGUCCUACUCCCCUUGCAAUAGAGGACCCAGAAUGGAGACAGACACCACCACCGGUUAGUACUACACCUGGAAGUUUCCGUCUGCGUAGAGGAAGUCGUUUUACAUGGAGAAAGGAAUGCUUAGCUGUAAUGGAAAGCUAUUUUAAUGAAAACCAGUAUCCUGAUGAAGCUAAAAGAGAGGAAAUUGCUAAUGCUUGCAAUGCUGUGAUACAGAAACCAGGAAAAAAGCUGUCAGAUCUGGAAAGAGUUACCUCCUUGAAGGUUUACAAUUGGUUUGCAAACAGACGGAAGGAGAUCAAGAGAAGAGCAAAUAUUGAAGCAGCAAUCCUGGAGAGCCAUGGAAUUGAUGUACAAAGUCCUGGAGGGCACUCAAACAGUGAUGACAUUGAUGGAAAUGACUACUCGGAGCAGGAUGACAACACAAGCCACAGUGAUCAUCAGGACCCUAUCUCCCUGGCCGUAGAAAUGGCCGCAGUCAAUCACACCAUAUUAGCUCUAGCAAGACAAGGUGCAGGAGAGAUCAAGACAGAGGUGCUGGAUGAUGACUGAGAUACUAUGAAUGUGGUGCUUCACUGAAAUAAUUCUGGCAACUUAUCUUUUUUGAAUACAUGGUUUAUUUUUUACAUUUUUUAAGAGGCAUCUGUACUUUUUCCAUACCAUUAAAUGUCUGUUGUUACACAUUAUAAAUUAUUUUUUUUAACUGUUAACAAAUCAGUCAGUCAUAAAUGAUGUAGCCCUACAAGUAAAUUUCAGUCCUGCUCCCAGAUUUGAGCAACCUUUGAUAAUCUGAAAAAAAUGUUUAUAAAACUAAUUGCAUUUCACAUAAGUCAGUCAUUUUAUUAGUCUGUUAUGUCUUCUGUAGUAAAUGCUUGCAUAACCAGUCAGCUAAACAGAUUCUUUAUACUGUAUACUGAAUUUAAACUUUAAGUUAUACUAUAGUAAUUUUACAUUAUUAAAAGUUUCUUCAGCAGUAUUUUAAUGAUGUGAUUUAAUAAUAGAAAUAUUUUAAUGUCACUUAAAAGUGAGUUGUAGGAAAGAAAUAUCACUGCCCAUGUUGCUAAAAUAAUGUACAGUGACAGCAUAAUGCAUUUUGAGUAAUUCUGUCUUAAAAAAGACCAGUUCUUCUCUACUAGACUCCAGUGAUUUGAGAUCCUGGUAUAGUUUGGUAGAUACUCAUAGUAGUUUCGAAUCAACUGCAGGCCUGAUGAAAUAUGUUAAGAAAAUCUGUUUAUAAUGUUGUUGCCAUAGAAAAUAGGGUCUAGCAGCAUACACAGACCCGUAUCUUAAAUGCCAUCACUGUCCUUUGGAUUCUGUCAUAGUCGAAGCUGGCUUCAGCAUAUAACUUCCAACAGCAUAGUCAGCAUAUGCGCAUAUGACUUUACCAGUGAUUGAUUGCUCACCAGAAUGGUUAAGAUUAGUGUUCAUCUAGAGGUAGUCCAUAACAUUAUUAUGUCACAGUAUACAUAUUUUUGUUUCUGGAUAUGAAUGCUUUUCUUUAUUAUGUUGUGUUUUAAAAGAAAACUUUAGGCUUACCACUGCUUUAGGGUUGCUUGAGAAAAGUAUAAUGUUGUUUUAGAGUUCCAAAAAAUUCAGCUCAACUUGCUGGCUUGAAACUCUCAGAGAGAGAAAUGGGGCAGCUUCCAACAUGAGAGUAUAUGAAGGCUGAAAAAUACUUGUUAUUGAAAUUCAUAAUACUAUAACCAUGCAUUUGAUUUUAUGUUGAAGUCAUAUUAACAAAAUGGAGUUCACAAGCCAAAUGGAGAGGGCAGUUUUAAUGUGAACAGUAAAAGCAAAACGUUUUAUAUUAACUUUAUUAUUAAGUAUAAUAAAUCUAAUUUCUGAUUCUGACAUAUAUAGUAUGUGAGUAAUAACUUGAAUAUAAUACACUACCUCCAAUUCUUGUCAAAAUAAUGAAUGCUAAAUAAUUAAAGUGAAAAGCAAUCAGUAAUUAAUAACCCUUAAUACUUCAAAACUACACAUUUACACCAAAGUCUUUUAUCAUGUAAACAUUUGCUGUAUUGUGUCUCAAUCUAAAAUAUUGCUGAAAUGACAAGAUUAUGGAGCAGCUGUGCAAAAUGUAUUACAUACAACAAGCUCCUGCUAUUUAUAUACAUUAUGCAUGAUUUUUUUCCCAAGGGAAAAACAAGUCAGAAAUGUAUCACUGUAUUUGAAUAAAAUAUGUUGUGUUCAAACUCA